CACCGCCAACUGAAGAAGAAGUAAGCUGAAGUGGUGGAGCAGAAGAAGAACCAGACCAUCAUCCGUUCAACUCAUUUCUAAGAUGGGAGACAGUGAUGAUGAGUACGAUCGCAGGAGAAGGGACAAAUUCAGAAGGGAAAGAAGUGACUACGACCGUUCGAGAGAGAGAGACGACAGGCGCAGAGAUGACUGGAACGACCGAGAGUGGGACCGGGGCAGGGAACGACGAAGCCGUGGAGAAUACCGGGAUUAUGACCGAGGCCGGAGAGAGAGAUUCACGCCGCCCAGACACGACAUGAGUCCUCAGCAGAAACGCAUGAGGAGAGACUGGGAUGACCAUGGUGGAGAUCCUUACCGUGGGGGGUACGACCUGGGCUAUGGGGGUGGAGGCGGAGGUGGAGGAGGCGGCGGAGGAGGAGGAGGCGGAGGAGGAGGAGGGGGUCCAAGCUAUGGCCCACCGCAGCAUUGGGGCCACCCGGACCUACACCUCAUGCAGCCUCAUCACGGCAUCCCUAUCCAGGCGAGACUGGGUAACCUCCAUGACAUGGAUCUGGGUCCCCCCCCUCCCAUAAUGAAGACCUUUAAGGAGUUCUUGUUGUCUCUGGAUGAUUCUGUGGAGGAGACGGAGGCGGUCAAACGUUACAACGAGUACAAGAUCGACUUCCGCCGGCAGCAGAUGCAGGACUUCUUUUUGGCUCAUAAAGAUGAAGAGUGGUUCAGGUCCAAGUAUCAUCCGGAUGAAGCCAGUCUACUAAAGGCCGAGGCCCAGAGCUCGCUGCACAACCGAGUGAACGUCUUCAUGUUCCUGAUGGAGAACAGCUGGUUUGAUAACGUCUCCCUGGACAUCGAACAGACCCCCACCAUCAUCAAGGUUCUGGAUGCAGCUGUGAUAAAGAUGGAGGGAGGCACGGAUCAUGACCUGCGUAUCCUGGACCUGCCGGCUGAAGAGGAGGAGGAGAGGGAGAGGGAGAAGGAGAGGGAUAGGGAUAGGGAGAGGGAGAAGGAGAAGGAGAGGGAGAGGGAGAGGGAGAGGGAGAAGGAGAAGGAGAGGGAGAGGGAGAAGUCUGCCUCUGUCUCAGGUGGAGGCGAACCUCCCAAGAAAGAAGACCUCAAAACAUCGGACGGUGACCGUAAACUCUCCGUGGAGAAAGACAAAAAUGAGAAGGAGGAGAACGACUGCGCCAGCACAGAGCGAGCAGCUGCAGCCGAAGGGGUGGAAGUGAAAGAGGAGGCAGAGAAAGAAGCAGCCAAAGAGGAAACACCUGAACCCAAGAAACCAAGAAGAAAGAGGAAGCGCAGCGGAGACAGCGACGACGAAGGCACCGCCUCUGACAGCGACUCUGAAUCAGACUCAGACUCUAACUCCAACUGCUCUGAUAAACCUGUGAAGAAGAAGGAGGAGGAGGCGGAGGACAAGGAUGAGGAGGAGGAAGAGGAAGAGGAGGGUGAAGAGGAGAAACCGGAGAAGAAGGAGAAGAAGGAGAAAAAAGAGAACGCUGACGAGGACAACAAGGAGGAAAAGAAACCCAAAGACGACUCUCCGAGGCCGCGGCCGCUCCACAGAACCUGCUCUCUGUUCAUGAGGAGCAUCGCUCCCACCAUCUCCAAGGCUGAGAUCAUCGCUCUUUGCCGGCGUUACCCUGGCUUUCUGCGCGUUUGCUUGUCUGACCCUCAUCCAGAGCGCAGGUUUUUCAGACGUUGCUGGGUGACUUUUGACCGUAGCGUCAACAUCAAAGAGGUUUGCUGGAACCUGCAGAAUAUUCGAGUGCGAGACUGUGAACUCGCCCCGGGGGUGAACAGGGACCUGGCCCGUCGGGUGCGUAAUGUGAACGGCAUCACUCAGCACAAACAGGUGCUGCGCAACGACAUCAAGCUCGCCGCCAAGCUCAUUCACUCCCUGGACGAGAAGGGAGACCUGUGGAGCAUCAAGUCUCAGGAGGAGAGGCACAGAGAGAGCGCAGAGUUGGCGGCCCAGAACCCCAUCCUGAAGAACAUCACAGACUACCUGAUCGAGGAGGUGAGCGCGGAGGAGGAGGAGCUGCUGGGCUCCGGCAGUGGGAUGGAGUCAGAGGAGAGUAGCAAGGAGGGAAACCCUGCAGAGACCACCGUGGAGAGGGACGACAAACUAGCCAAGGUGUUGGAUCGUCUGGUCUUAUAUCUGCGUAUUGUGCACUCAAUCGACUACUACAACACCUGUGAGUACCCCAGUGAGGACGAAAUGCCCAACCGCUGUGGCAUGAUCCAUGUUCGAGGACCCAUCCCUCCCAACCGCGUCACACAAGGAGAAGUUCAACAGUGGCAGAAGAUGAUGGAGGAGAAGCUGAGUCCUUUGGUCGGUUCAAAAGAAGUCCUGUCUGAGGAUGAGGCCGGGAAGAUGGGACGCAAGGAUCCUGAGGAGGAGGUGGAGAAGUUUGUGAACGCCAACACUCAGGAGCUGGGGAAGGACAAGUGGCUCUGCCCACUCAGUGGAAAGAAAUUUAAGGGCCCCGAGUUUGUACGAAAGCACAUCCUGAACAAACAUGGGGACAAAAUUGAAGAAGUGAAAAAGGAAGUGGUGUUCUUCAACAACUUCCUGAUGGAUGCUAAGAGACCGUCGCUGCCAGAGAUGAAGCUUCCGCCUCUUCCAGGCCCAGGUUUGCUUUCUCCCAGCAUGCCUUUCCCUCCUCAAGGUCCUCAGGGUCCGAUGGGCUUCGGUCAGCCUCGUCCUCCACUGAUGGGCUAUGGUGGUGCCCCUCCCUACCCCCCCAACCAGUUCGGAGGUGGAAGAGGAAACUACGACAACUUCCGAGGACAAGGUGGCUACCUGGGCAAGCCACGCAACCUCAGGUGAGACUUCUGAUGUCUCGCGGUGAUCCACGAAACAUCGUUGAGUACCGCGACCUGGACGCCCCGGAUGAUAUGGACUUCUUUUAGGAUGUUCCCUCCGUUACUAGUCUUCACUCUUUACCAGUGUUGUGUUCUUGUUGCUUUUUGUGGUCAAUUUGAUUCUUUCCUUUCCCUUUUAAUAUUUUGUUUUGUAAUUAUUGUGCAACAAGAACAAACUCCUGCUGUAAACUGGCUUCUAAAUAAAGUUGUGUUCAAGUAUUAA